UUCAAAGUAUCAGCUGAGAAAACGGACAAAUCAUUGGCAAAUUGAUCGAGAAAUUAUGGUCGAAAGGCUUCAAAUUAUAGCAAUUCAGUGAUGUACAGCCUUCGAAUUCGACAUGCAAAACAAGUAGUGUUAGUUUGUAAUAACAAAGAGCGUCUUCUGACGGGGGAAUCGAUGAAAAAUCUGGCGAUUCUCGAAGGAGGGCUUGAUAGAGGUGUGUCUAUUGUGGUGAACAACGCGGGAAAAAUUGAAUGCGUUGAUUUUGAUGACAAAGUUGACCAGGAUUAUCCAAACUGUACAUUUGAAGAAGAAGUAGAUGCUUCUGGAAUGUGUGUAGUUCCUGGUAAGACGAAUUCAUUUCAUAAGAUAAACGAUAAGGUACGAAAUAAACAAGUAAGACGCGCGUGGGUCACCCGGGAUGGGGAGAAUUUUGUUGUUGUUCUUCUCAGAGGGAGUACUCCUGAAGAAGCAACUGAUAAUGUUGUCAAUUACCAGAUUCCUAAGCUUCAGGAACUGAUGAAAAAUGAGGAAAUAAAUGUUGACAACAUUGAUGUAUUUUGUGAGAAGGGUGUGUUUGGUUUAGAUGAAACCAGGAGAAUUCUUGAAGCAGGAAAAGCUGCAGGGUUGGCUCUGAAUUUCCAUGGUGAUGAACUGCACCCAAUGAAAGCUGCAGAGCUAGGGGCUGAACUUGGGGCGAGGGCAAUAAGCCAUCUUGAAGAAGUAAGUGAUGAGGGAAUUCAAGCCAUGUCUGCAGCAUCUGUUAUUGCUGUACUUCUUCCCACCACGGCAUACAUCCUGCGACUUAAAUGCCCACCAGCAAGAGCAAUGAUUAACUCAGGUGUCCCUGUUGCUCUUGGUUCUGAUUUUAACCCGAAUGCAUUCUGUUUGUCCAUGCCUUUGACAAUGCACCUUGCCUGUGUUAAUCUGCACAUGACAAUGGAGGAGUCUCUUGUAGCUGCUACAAUCAAUGCGGCAGCAUCUUUAGGCCGGUCACACACUCAUGGAUCCCUGGAGUCUGGAAAGGUGGCCGACAUGCUGGUUAUCGAUGCUCCAAGAUGGGAGCAUCUUGUCUAUCAACUCGGUGGCCAUGACAACGUGAUCAAGUUUGUCAUAAAGAACGGAAAAAUUGUACACAGGAAACCCUAUUAGAACUCUUGUAACUUGUGACUGUGAUUCGAUGUGAAAUACUGGGUGUACUUGGCGGCGCAAUAUAACAGAAUAUACCAGAAAACUCACUGGGAAGGGACGAGCCUGGGACGAACAAGUUAUCAAAGGUCUUUUGGAGGCGAUGUGGCCGAGUGGUUAAGGGCGCUGGGUCCCUGGAUCAGUUACUCCACCUUACCGCUCUCUGGAUUUUUUUCUUGGUAGUCCAGAGUUCAACUACUAGCCAGCUGGUCAGCCGCCCAACUAGCAAUAUUUUUUAUUAUUUAGUCAAGGUGUCCCCAAUUAGCAUAACUGUUCUAAAUACAGUUGACACUUAAAUAAUAUAAAGUUAUUUAUUUACUUUAUUCAUUUAGUUAAGGGAGCUGUUACAUACAGUUUAUAAACAAGUGGUUCAGGUAUAAAAAGACCUUCUUUGGUCAUUUCGAAGGCGCAUUUAAUCAUCACGUCAUCGAAGGAAAGGAAAACUCUCCAGGUUUUCUUCACCAGCAAGGGUUUUAUGACCCCCUAGUCCAUGAUUUAACUCUUAAACAUUGUUUUGUGUUUCUUCCUUCCAUUUUAAAAGCAAAGGAGGUAAUUUAUUGUGUUGUGAACGAAAACAAGAGCUUCAAAGCUUGACAAUUUGCCCAAGUGGCGGACGGACGUACGAUGUACGGACGGACGUUCACGUGACCCCAAGAUAUUUUGUUCAAUGGAUUACGAAAUUUUCUUGUAUGUAGGGUUCUGCUUGCUCGCUCGCUAGCUAGCUCGCCUGCCCUCCUGCUCACAGGAGCUCUUGCUGUAAGCAAAACCAAGCUGCGGAGAAAUUUCAAAUAUUGCAACAUCUACCCUGCAAGAACCCAAGUUCGGGCAAGUACCUACAUGCACCAACUUGCACAUAAAUUAUGUGUUUUGGAAGCGUUACACUAGGACAAUUUUGGCUAGAUAAGGUCGGAAAAGUCUGGAAGUGAAGUGAAAACAGUUCGUCUUGAGUUUAGCGCGUUAAAAAUGCACUCUGUUUUCACCAGAAAAACAAAACAAAAACAAUAACAAAAACAAAAAAAAAAACAAGCGAUUGUCUCGCCUAUAUGACCGUAAAUUUACGCCAAGUUAUACUACCUCGCGAGAUGGUAUAACUUGUCCUGGUAAAUGCCGCAGCCAAUCACAUUGUGCGUAGUCACAGACGUUUGCCAAAGAAUCUGGCAAUAGUAUUUACCAGACGCUCGUAUCACGGUUCAGUGUGCGAAACAGAAGUUUUAAAGCGGCAGACGAGUUCAGCAGUGCUUCUCAUUUAAUUCGGUUUACCACUGGUAUAGUGUCA